CCGGAUAUCUUCUAAAGGAUUUUAGUAGAAGAUAACGUCAUGGACUCUGUUCUGAUCAGCUUAGGGCCUCCUACAGUCCACCAACUGAAAACUAAGAGACAGAAGUUUGGAACAAUGACCAGAGUGACUAUAGGUGAAAAAGAUGUGAAGAAGAUAAAUAAAACCAUCGUACUUGUUGGAGAAACGGGGACGGGAAAAUCAGCUCUGAUCAAUGCUUUGGUGAACUACACCAUGGGAGGCACGUUUGAGAAGAAGGUCUGGUUUCAGGUUGUGGAGGAAGAGGAGGAGGAUGGCCACACAUCAGAUGUGAUUGUGUAUGACAUCUUUGAUUUUAAAGGUAAAGCUCUGCCCCACUCUCUGACCAUCAUUGAUACUCCUGGAUGUGGAGACAACAGAGGGACUGAACAUGAUGUCAUUGUGAGUCAAAGACUGUUUGACUUGUUUCGAUCUGAGGAUGGAGUUGGUGAGAUUUGGGCAGUGGGUCUGGUGAUGAAGGCCAGUGAGAAUCAGCUGAGUGAUUCUCUGAGCUACAUAUUUGAUUCAAUAAUGUCUCUGUUUGGAAAAGGCAUUCAAAACAACACUGUGGCUCUGAUCACACACUCAGAUGGAGCAACACCUAAGGUUGCUCUACAAGCUCUUAAAGAUGCAAGCGCUGCAUGUGUGAAAGAUGAGAACAACCAGCCUCUCCACUUCACAUUCAACAUCCAUCAGAAUGAGGCCAGAACAGAGGAAACUAGCUCAGAUCUGGAACAAGCAUGGAGGGUGACUGAGAGGGGAAUGAGUCAGUUCUUGUUUUUUCUUGAAAAGGCUUCACCUCAACAGCUGCAGGCAAAGUUUGGGUUUAACUCACAAAUCAGGCUUGCAGCCUCACUCCAAAACCUACAUGAGAAAAUCAAACUAAAUGAACUCAAACAGAAAGAAAUGAAGCAGCUUCAAGAAGCACUGAAGAAACACAAAGAAGAGAAGAAAAGGGAUGAAAAUGUCAUAGAAGUAGAUGAAGUCUACACAGAGAAAGAACCUAUCGAUGGUGAGAUGUUCUUCUUAAAAGCAGCUGUCUGCUGCACCGUCUGUAAGGAGAACUGCCACUAUCCUGGGUGUACGAUGGCCCUGAACGCUGACCAGUGUGAGGUCAUACAGCAUGGCCGCUGCACUGUUUGUACCAGGAGAUGUCCUGUGUCAGCACAUGUUAAAGUCAACUGGAGCUAUGUGACCAAGACACAAAAGGUGCAGAGAACCGAAGAGGAAUAUUUAAAGAAGUACCAGAAGCAGACAUCCAUCUAUACAAAGAUGAACCUUCUAGAAAUUCUGGAAAAGGAAAUGGAAAACCUAAAAUCAGAGAAGACAGGACUGGUAGAAAAGUCCUACCAACGAAUUGUAAGCCUGGAUCAAACUGUCCUUAAAGUUUCUUCAAUUUCCUUCUACUUAAAUUUGGACUUCCUGAUUGAAAAGAUGAAAGAAAAAGGAGAUUCAGAGAGGCGUCAGAGACUGCAGGAGAUAGACCAGCAGAUGGAUGGAAGAGCCAAAGCCCUGCUUGAGUGCAAGGUUAACAACAAAUCUCCACAACAAAUCUUUCCCAGCAGUGUUCUGAUCCGUUCCGGAUCUCCUGCGGUCUACCAGCUCAGAACAAAGAAGGAGACCUUUGGGACUCUGACCAAAGUGACAUUUGGUAAAAAAAAGCUGAACAAGCCAAAUAAAAGCAUCUUGCUUGUUGGUGAAACAGGAGCAGGGAAGUCUACUCUGAUCAACGCUCUGGUCAACCACGCCAUGGGAGUGAAGUUUGAGGAUGAAGUCUGGUUUCAGAUUGUAAAAGACGAGAACAGAAAUCAGACAGAAAGUCAGACCUCAGAUGUGAUGGUGUACGAGAUCUUUGGUUUUGAAAGUAAAACUCUUCCCUUCUCUCUGACCAUCAUCGAUACUCCUGGAUAUGGAGACACCGGAGGGAUUGAACAUGAUGUCAUCGUCAGUGAAAGAUUGUUCGAGUUGUUUCGAUCUGAAAAUGGCAUUCAUGAACUUGAUGCAGUGGGUCUGGUGCUGAAGUCAAGCGUGAAUCGUCUGAGUGACCGACUGAAGUACAUCUUCGAUUCAGUGAUGUCUCUGUUUGGAAAAGACAUAGAGAAAAACAUUGUAGCCCUGGUCACUCACUCCAGUGGAAGAAGGCCGAAGGACCUGCUUCAGGCUCUCGAAGCUGCAGAUAUUAGAUGUGCCAAAGAUGAGAAGGAACAACCUGUUUACUUCCUGUUUAAUAACUGUCAACAAGAUGAGCGAACAGACGAACCAGAAUACCUGGAAAAUGCUGAUAGAAUAGCAAGGAGAGGACUGAGUGGCUUUACUGCCUUCCUGGGAAAAACUGCACCUCAAAAACUAGAAACGACUUUGGAUGUUCUCAAUGAACGGAUCCGACUGGCAUCCUGCAUCCAGAACCUGCAGGAUAGGAUCCGAAUGUCUGAACUGAAACAGGCAGAAAUUAAGCAGAUGCAAGAAGCUCUGCAGAACCAUGAAGAAAACACUAAGAAUGAGAAGUUUGCUGUAGAAGUUGAUGAAGCCUACAAAGAAAAAGAGUCCAUUGAAGGAGAUUUGUGGUUGAUGACUUUAUUUAAAGGAGCAGUCUGCUGUACCGUCUGUGAGGAGAACUGUCACUAUCCUGGAUGCACAAGUUCUACAAGCCUUAAAGACUGUGAGGUGAUGAAAGAUGGCCGCUGCACCGUUUGUUCUUUGAAGUGUCCUGUAUCUGCUCAUGUGAAAGGAAAGUGGAGAUAUGUGAACAAGACAAAGAGAGUUCAGAAAAGUCUGGAUGAGAUUAGAAGAAGAUCCAAACGAGAAAAAGGUUGGAAUUUUUUAGAAAAACUCGAGAAAGACAUGAAAAAGCUGAAAGCAGAGAAGUCUCAGCUGCUGGAAGACUCCUACCAACAUGUUGUCAACUUGGAGAAAAUUGCCUUGAAAGUUUAUUCAGUGUCCACAUAUGUCCACUUUGACUUUCUGAUUGAAAGGCUGAAAGAAAGUGAACAGUCUAGCAAGAUUCAGAAACUGGAGGAGAUGAAAAACAAGGAGGAUGGAGGAACUAGAUCGAAGGUUAAGCAUGUGUGGAGUAAAAUGAAAGCAGUUGGCAAAAAAAAUUCAAAAGGUCUUAAAUUAGUAAAUCUAACAGCAGCUUAAUCAGAUUUGCUGAAAGUACACAACAUACCACUCACCUGCUACAUUCUUUGAACACCAUCUGUUACUCGCUAAUCAUGUUUGAUUUACAGCGUGAGCCAUGGCAACUCUUGUCAUUGGAUGACCAUUGUGCUUGCCAUACAUAAUUAUAUGUGAAUUGGGCUUGCUGUAUUUCCACAACUUUUUACUGUUGCCAUAGUUUACCUGGAAUCUCAAGACCUUUUUCUACUACAAAAUUAAGGAGGUUUCUUCAAACUCCGACAUGUCAUCAGUACCAGUUAGUCAUUCUGGCAUUGCUUUGGUGUGGAGAGCUUCAGAUGGGAAAGCCAUCAACUCAUUUUGUAACAUAACAAAAAGCUGGGGAGGCGCAUCUUAUCCUCUUUUUGCUGGCUGUGGUGAUUACAUAUGACACACGUGUUCAUCAUGCGUUUUCAUCUCCCCUCAGCUAACAUCUAGACCAUGAUGCUUGGUUAUGAAUUCAUGAACUGCUAAAAAUCUGUUCAGAGUAAUACUGAUAUAACCACUGAUUACUGUUUCAUAUUGGUAGCAGCACCUCUUUGUUAAUAAUAUAAUUUAUUUAUGUAAUUCAUGAUAAAGAUCUGGUUGUUGCUGAAGGUCUGUUUGUGCAUUAAUAAUACUUAUUGGAAAUGGAAUAUUAAAUUAAUUACUUCAUGUAUAUGGUGGAAUCAGGUGGAUGAAGAAAGUUAAUGUUCUUCAUGACUUUCAGCUGUUAACACUUUGGAAUAAAGGAAUAUUUAUUUUUGUUAUUUGUUGUAUUUCUUACUUCAAAAGGCUAAAAUAUGAUUAUUCUUAAAGACGAGUUGGAAUCAGACUAAAAUAUUAGAUCCUUGUAUGUUUGAGUUGAUGUUCUAACUUUAAUACUGUAUAUUCUCUUUCUCUAUAUGGAAUUGUUUGGUACAAAGUGUGUGAAUUGUUAAUAAAAGUGAUUAAUGAACAACAA